CUAAAAAUAUUUCCUAAGCCGUAGGCAACGGCAUAAGAGAAGGGCAACCAUCAAUCUCCAACUGCUUCUCCUUCUCUCCUUCGUCAAUUCAGAGACUUCUCAAAUUUCCAAUAGCCAACGCCAGCCACUUGGCAUUUGCAGCGACAUCGUCAACUUCCUGAUUAGAGAUUUCUCAAUUGUUAGCCCACCCAGAUGUUCAAAACAAAAAAACUCCUUUAUCUGCAAUAACGAUUGCAAUUGACACAUCGAAAACAGAGCCCUGGCUAACUAACCGUUCCUCUUCUGCAUCACAGAUGAAGAAGGUGAUUAAUAAUGGGCCAAAUCAGAGAUGGAGACGCCCAACUACCCAAUUACAUUCUUUAAACUGCAUUCGAUCUUUAUCCUCGUCCCUGAAUUGCAUAAUAUCAGUGACCCAUAUUGGCAACGACCCUUUCAAAUUUUCAGAGCUGAAGAACCCAUCUUUAUUCAGGUUGGUUGAAUUUAGGAGCAGCAAUUAGUUAACCCUUUGUUCUUUUAAGAGGGACUCCAGAGCUUAGUGAGUCUGAGAAGAAGAAGCAUUACAAUUGGAGAGAAACAGUGUAGUGGUUUAUGCUGAUCAAAAGGGAUACAGUAGAUCAUAUUAAUUAUGAAGUUUGGAAAAGAGUUGGUGUCACAGAUGGUUCCGGAGUGGCAGGAUGCUUACAUGAACUACCACCACCUCAAGUCCUUAUUGAAAGAUAUCAAAAGCCACACGGACAGAGAUCGGAAUUCCAACAGGGCCUCCACUCCAAGAACUCCGUCCAAGUUGACGACAAGUGCCCUGAAGCGGAAGGAAUCCGCAUACAGGGCCUUAAAUGUGCUGACCCGUCGACGAUCAUCUGCCGUUCCUGAGGAGGAGCAAGUGAUUCUGGUGAACAUGGUGCCAUUGGGGGAGGAUCAAAAUUCCGAAACAAGCAAAUACGAGACAACGUUCCUCAUGUCGUCGGAGGAAGGAGGAGAGUACGAGCUUCUCUUCUUCGACGCACUGGAUGAGGAGUUCAAUAAGGCGCUCAAUUUCUACAAGUCUAAGGUUGAGGAAGUCCAGAAGGAGGCCAAGAAGCUCAACAAGCAGGUGGAUGCUCUGGUUGCCUUCCGUGUCCAGGUUCACAAUCCCAGUUUAAGGUUUGAAUUUGCAGCUGCAGAAGAAGAUGAAGCAGAGGCACUUACUCCCUCCUCCAAGGUCAACAACACUAGAACAUCUGGAUCUGGAAUGGCACAUAUGGAAGUAAUAAAUGAAGAGUUGAGCAGUGAAGGAUAUCCACAAGGCAUGGACAAAGGAUCUAAUGAAGCCAAAUCUAGCAAUCAGAAGAAUGCUGGAGGAAAGAGGAAUAGUCGCAGACCAACUCCUUUACAAGUCUUGGAGCAUUUCAAGAUCAAUGUCACAGAUGAAACUCCGUGGUCGAUACUUAAGAGCGUGCUAGUGGGUUCGGACCAUGAAUUGACUUUCAGCAGAGAAGAGCUGAGGAAAAUUGAAGAACAACUGGAGAGGGCCUUUAUUGAGUUCCACCAAAAGCUUAGAUCAAUAAAAAGCUACUGCUUUAUGAAUAUCUUGGCAUUUUCCAAGAUCAUGAAGAAGUAUGACAAGGUCACUUCAAGGAGUGCUUCGAAGUCUUACCUAAAGAUGAUGGACAAUUCUUACCUUGGAAGCUCUGAUGAGGUUAGUAGGCUUAUGGAGAGGGUAGAAGCUGCCUUCAUUAAGCACUUUUCAAAUGGAAACCGCAGAAAAGGAAUGAAUACUUUGAGGCCAAAAGCGAUAAAAGGAAAACAUAGAGUAUCAUUUUUCUGGGGCUUUCUUUCUGGUUGCACCAUUGCUCUCAUAGCGGCUAUAGUUGUUCUUAUACAUAUAAGAGACAUCCUUAACAGUGAAGGACGUUUUCAGUAUAUGGAAAAUAUUUUUCCUCUUUACAGCUUGUUCGGGUUCAUUGUCCUGCAUUUGCUUAUGUAUGGUGCAAAUAUAUACUUUUGGAGACAUUACCAUGUUAAUUAUCCAUUUAUAUUUGGCUUCAAUCAAGGGACAGAUAUAGGUUAUAGAGAAGUCUUUCUUCUCAGCACAGGGCUAGCAGUACUGUCAUUGACUGGUGUCUUGUCAAACUUGGAGAUGGAAAUGGAACAGAACAUGAAAAGCUUCAAUGCAUCAAGGGAGUUGGUCCCUUUGGGCCUACUCAUUGUUCUACUUAUUCUAACAUUCUGCCCUUUUAACAUCAUAUAUCGCUCAACCCGCUAUUUCUUUCUCCAGUGUGUACUGCGCUGUAUUUUGGCUCCUCUUUACAAGGUUACACUCGCAGAUUUCUUCUUGGCAGAUCAGUUUACUAGCCAGGUGCAGGCCAUUAGAAGUCUGGAGUUCUACAUUUGCUAUUAUGGCUGGGGUGACUUCAAAAGAAGAAGCCACGAUUGCCAGCAUAGCGAUGUUUAUAAAGCCUUUUAUAUCAUUGUAGCAGUAAUUCCAUAUUGGAUCCGCCUCCUUCAGUGCCUCCGCCGCUUGUUCGAAGAGGAAGAUGUACAUCAGGCAUAUAAUGGAAUGAAAUACUUGUCUACAAUUGUUGCAGUUGCCAUGCGAACAUCUUAUGAUCUAAACAAAGGUAUGACCCUGAAGAUCAUAGCUGGAGUUACUUCAGUCAUUGCGACAAUAUUUGGUACAUACUGGGACCUUGUCAUGGACUGGGGUCUUCUGCAACGGACGUCCAGAAACCCGUGGUUGAGAGAUAAGCUCCUCAUAUCAGAUCACAGAGUCUACUUUGCAGCCAUGAUUAUUAAUGUCAUACUGAGAUUAUCUUGGAUGCAGUCAGUGUUGGAUUUUCAUGAAGCACCUUUCCUGCACAAAAAAGCCUUAGCAGCCAUAAUGGCUUGCUUGGAGAUAAUUCGUCGAGGCAUGUGGACUUUCUUCAGGUUGGAGAACGAGCACUUAAACAAUGUGGGUAAGUUUCGUGCCUUUAAGUCGGUGCCGCUGCCUUUCAACCAUGAUGAGGAUGAACAUGAGUAGCGUCUGCAAGUUAUGGGAGAGAAGGUGGCAGAUGAAUGUCACUUCACAUGAAACUACAUGGGUGUAAGCCAAUUGUGACAUUAAACAACACACAAAAAUAAAACCAUUUUAAUUAGAUAAUACAAUCCAUCCAAUUGGAGCAUGUUUAGGAAGGCAAAACUUGUAAUUAAAACUUUUUUUGGGGGGUGGGGGAUCUCAUAUCAAAUUUUUUU